UAAAAUUCAGCGGGAAAUGAAAAAAUCUGUAAAAAAAUAAAUAACAAAAAAUCAUGAAAAUUACCUGUGAAACAACAAUCCUAAAUCGACAAUUCCCUCAAGCGAAGCCUCGUGCCCAAAAAUCCACAGUUGCUAUCGGGACUCAUCCGCCAAACAAAGAAAACACAGAAUUCUUCGUCAUUAUUUUCAAUUCUCAACACAAAACGGGUCUUCGGUACAAAUUAAAGGACAACAUUCAACGCGUUUUCACAAAAUUCAUCGACGAAGGCAAAAUUCAGAUCCAAUUCAAGGAGCCCGAAUACGAUUUGCAGCUCAAAGGAGAUCCCGUUCAAGUCAAAGCUUUCAUAAAUGUCCUCAAACUCGCGCUGCAAGGCAAGAAAACGAACGACAAUGGGCAACGAGUCAUUUCGCACGUAACGGCAGUCACGAAACACGAUCCCGUCAAAACGAAACUCGUGAUUCACUCGCGGAAGGAUUAUCCGAUCAAGGGCCUUCCGCGAACUUUGACACAUUUGGAGAUGAGCGAGAUGAAAUGGUGUCGCGUCGAUAACCAAGUUUACUUGCUGAAAAAUUUGACGCAUUUGGAUUUGAACACGAAUCUGAUUGACAAAAUUCCGACGCAAUUGGGAGCUCUGAAAUUGCAAGAAAUUAAUUUUGCGAGCAAUAAAUUGGCGGAAAGUAGUUGGAAAUGGUUGACAGGCAAAGAGCUUUCGAAUUCCUUGCAUACCUUAAAUUUGAGUGAUAAUGCGUUGAAAUUCUUCCCUUUUGAGUUGACAAAGUUGAAAAAUCUCGCAAAACUCGUGAUAAGCAAAAAUUUCAUCCAAAAAGUCCCGUUUGCGAUCAGAAAUUUGAGAUUUUUGCGACAUUUGGACUUGUCGAGCAACAAAUUGGAGUCACUUCCGCAGAAUUUGACGUUUUUAAAGUUGGAUCUCUUGAAUGUUUGCGACAAUGCCUUUCCUUAUGCGAAUCUCGUGACAGAAGCAGUUGAGCUGCCGACGAAAAUUCCUUCGAUGUUUGAAGUUGCUGCGAGAAAAGUUAUUUCUCAAUGUAUUCCGUACUCACCAAAAACAAUUCCUUUAAUAAUUUGUGAGAUUCUUGAAGCUUCUCCAUUGUGCCAUUGUGGAAAAUUGUGCGUUGAUCCGAAAAUUUAUUACAAACAUGGGCGAUUGAAUAAUUUGAGAUGUGCUUCGGUAGCAAAAGAUCAUCAAAUAAUGCUGUUAGGGGAUUUUGUCUUUUGUUCAAGAAAAUGUGCCUCGAAAUAUUCGCCAAAGACGGGGUUGUGAUAUUAUUUAAAUGCCUCAUUGGGAAGGAAAGUGACUAAAAAUAAAA